AUGCGGAAAUCACUGAAGCUGUGGAGGUUCCUUAAGGGGAGGAUCUCUUCACAUGCUAGCACCCCCCUUACUAUUAUAAUUGUCUUCUUUUUCGUCUUCCUUUCUACCUACGCCAUUUGGAAGGUUAGGCAACGUUCCAAGGAGGUGCGUUCACGGGGGAGUCCAUCCAAAAGGGAACGGAGAGCUAAAGGGAAAGUGGCCGGUUGUCGCGGCGGGGAGAAGAAUACCCAGUUAGGGAAAGAUGACGAGGACGACAACAAUGACGACGACAACAAUGACAACGAUGAUGAUGACAACGACGAUGAUGACAACUACGAUGAUAACAUUGACGAUGAUGAAGACAGUGGUGACGAAACCGCCGCCCAGGGUGAUAACUCCGAUGGAGACUCACACCAAAUGAGCAAUGAAAAAAAUAUGUCCAAAUCGGAAAGGAAAAAAAUAAAAAUUUACUUAAAGUUAAACCAAGGCCUCGAUAACAUCAAAGAUGAGUUGCUUCAAAUUGAUAGAGAAUUAAAAAAGGUUCUACACAAAGAGAGUAUCCAUUUGGAUGCCUUCUACAAAUUCAUCCAGGGAGACAAUCCUACAUCUAGGAAGACACAUUCAGCGAAGAACCUCCAACAGAAUCCCUCAAGCGAUUCUAUCGUGGAAAAGGAGCUUCAGGAAAAUUACCAAACAGAGGAGGACAGAGAUUUGGAUGGGGAAGAGCAACUGGGCACUUCUAGGGAACUUUCUCCAAACUUGUCAGAUUGUCCAGAUUAUUCAAACUCGCUAGGUUCUCCUGAUGAGGCCAGGCGGAUCAACCUUAACCACCAAUCCCAUUCGAAUGGCGAGAAAAAGGAUCCAUUGGAAGGGGGGAAACUGGCACUUAAUACCAAAGUGAAAAAAGACUCAGUCCUCCGUAGGGACCACGAAGAAACCAGAAAUGUCAAAGAUGUGAAGUCUCCUUCUGUAGAAAGUGACAUACAAAAUAGCCAAGUGGUUAGCGCGGGUUCAACCGCUGUGUUUGGCGCCGCCGGGGAGGCUAGCGAAUUGGAUGAAGCGGGUUCUGUGAACGAAGUAAAAGAAAUGGGCUCAUCUGUGAAAGUUGGAUCGAACACUCCUAACAGGGACAAUGAAUCGAACACUCCUAACAGGGACAAAGGAUCGAACACUCCUAACAGGGACAAUGGAUCGAACACUCCUAACAGGGACAAUGGAUCGAACACUCCUAACAGAGACAAUGAAUCGAACACUCCUAACAGAACCAAUGAAUCGGAUGCGUUCAAGGAGCUGGAAAAAAUGGAAGAAGCUAGCUUAGUCAAAGAGAUGAGCGAAGCUAUUCAAGUCAAAGGAGAAGAAGCAACCAGGGAGGAUAAAGAAGUAGAUUCUCUGAAUGAAGCCGAAGAAAUGAGCUCCUUUGACCUACUAGAAGAGGUAGACUCACUCAUCAAAAACGCGAACGACGCUGCAGAUGGGAAAGGGGGACUUGCAAAAGAUGGAGUAGAGAGAAAGAGGAGUAGCCUAAAAGGAAUUCAAAAGGGGGAGGGCAGUUCAGCCGGAAGUGACGCUAAGGAACAGGGAAAGGAAGGCGAAAUGGCGAAAAGUGGCACAAGGGAGGAAAAUUGCAAAAUGGAGAAAACAGACUCAGGGGACGACGAACAUCUAAAUGGAGAGGAAGAAGAACCAAACACUAGAGACAGGGAAAGCUCAUUCUUUAACGCAAUACAGAACCUUUUUUUCCGUAGGAACAAAAAAGAAGUUCAGAAGGAACUUCCAGAAGGUGAAGGAGAAGAGGAGCAAGUAGAAGUUUACAAAAGAAUGAAUGAAAGCGAAAAAAUGACAAGUGCAGAAUCAAAAAAAAUGAAAGGACAUGCAGAUUUGGAUGACAACGAACCGACCAAAAUUGGAAGCUCAAAAAGUAACGAGGUAGAUGUGGGUGUAAAUAACGCGGAGAACUCGAUCAUCUCUGACACGGAAAUGCGAAGUGACGUUUCAGUUUAUACAAAUGCAAAGUCGGAGGGAGAAGCUAUUCACGUAAACAAUACGGAGGGAGAAACUAAUCAUGUGGACAAUCUGGAGGGAAGUUGUUCAGGUGCAUCUAUGUGUCAGGAUGGAAAAGAACAAACUGUGAGUAGAGGGGAGAAUGAUCAGAAAGAGGACGAACAUGGAGAAACGGCACAUAUGAAAGGGAAAAAAGGGGAUGAGAAUGAUGAAGAAAUAUAUGAUAAUGAGAGGAAAUCUCCAAACCUAGAUCUCACUGUCACAGGAUGCAAAGAUAAAAAUGGAUCUUUUGAUUCCGGGCAUACGCACCAAAGUGAAGGCGGCGAAAAAGUCGUCAUGGAGGAAGAGCAAAAUGAAGACACAUCUGAUGGGCACAGUGGAGCAAAUGAAAGUUAUCCCACUGCACAUGCUAGCGAAGCAGGAGAAAUGAAAACAGACAAAGGAGAGAAGAGUGGAAGGGAAGGUGAGCAAAACCAACAGAGGGAAGAACUUAAGGGUAUCCCCAAUGGAGAUAUCGAUGGCUACAUACAUGAAAUAUCAAAAGAGGGAAUAUCCAAAAAUGUGAGAAGUGAAGGAAAUAAUUUGGAGGAGGGGAAAAUGAAGAUGGUUGAAGAGAUUCCGUCGGUGAUUGCUUCUGAGGAAGAUGGAAAUGUGACGGAGAGACAAAAUUUGAAGAACCUCUGUGUGAGUGAGUCAACGGAUAGAGAAAGAAAGGACGGACAUGAUCCGGAUGUUGAGGGUUCGAAGGAAUUAAAUAAUGCAGGUAUACUGGAAUUAAGUGAUGAAGAUGCAGAAAGGGGAGGUUCACUUAUUAGGGGUGCACGUGAUUUGAAAGAAAACAACAUAAAGGAGACUCCACACAUUAGAGGGACAGAUGAUUCAGGAGGAACUACGUCGAGGAAGGAAUCGUAUGCUAUCGGCGAAAGCCACUUUAAUCAGGACACUCCGAAGGAAAACUCUCACGAUAACAGGGUAGGUGGGUUGAUAGAAAACGCGCAUAGAAAUAACUCAUUCGUUAGCAUGGUAGUCGACUCAAAUGGAGACAACAGAAAGGAUGCUUCCAGCAUGAAUGAUCCAGACGAUUUGAGUGAAAAAGAAUCGAAGAGGGGUUCAUAUGUUGGAAGAGAAAGUCACUCAGGUGAAGGAAACUCGAAGAGGGGUUCACUUGUUAGCGAAAAAGGACACUUCGGUGGUAAUUAUUCAACGGAGGAUUCACCUGCUGAAAGUACAAUCGACUCGAAAAAAAAGGAGUCCAAGACGGGUUCAUAUAUGAGGGAGUCAGGCGAUUCCAUGGAGAAACACACUGAAGGUACGAACGGAAUGAAAGGAACGAAUGGAAUGAAAGGAAUGAAUGGAACGAAGGACACCUAUCACAUUAAUAGACUGGACGAUGUGCGUGGAAGCAGUUCGGAAAAACUACAUGUAGAUAUCUCCACUAACCUGAGCAUUAACCAAGAAGGUAAUUCAAAUCAGACUAAAUUGGAGGCAUCCUUUACGAACAGCAAAGUUAUUUCUAAAGCAAGCCACGUAAAGGAGUCGAGAUGUAAUAUCCCAGACGACAGGAUCAAUGAAAACAUGGAAAACGAUCUGUGUGUAGACAAAUCUGGGGAUGCAGAUGAGAGAGAAGAAAGGAGGGGUUCAUAUAUUAUCGAUCCUGAUUAUUCGGAUGGAAGAAGCGCGAAGGAUACAUCACUUAUGAACAAGAUAGUCUACUCACAUGAAAACGAUUCAUACAAACUCCCAAUAAAGAACACCACUGAAGACUUGGCUGAUACAUCAGAUGAUUUAAUUAAAAAUGGAACAAGUAAAACAACAGAGUCGUAUUCAGACCCCUUAGGGGAUACCAGUGAAGAAAUUCCAACAAGAGGAUCAUAUGUUAGGGGGAGAGCCGAUUUUGGUGAAAAUAAGACCAAGAGGGCUUCUUGCGUGGACAAGAGGAACACUGAGGAUGAUCGAAACGAAUCCCAUUUUUUCAUUAACAAGUCAACAAAUUCGAGUUUUGAUAAGAUGAAGAAGGGAUCACAUAUAGACAAUUCAUUCGAUUCGAAGGAAGACGACACAACUGAAUUGGGGGUACGCAGUGUGAAUGAGAAUUUCGCCAAGGGAGUUUCCUAUGUGGACAGUUCAGUGGGCUUCGGAGGAAGGAGCAGAAGGAGAGGUUCAUGCGUGGAUGAGUCCAGAAAGGGUUCAUGCGUGGAUGAGUCCAGAAAGGGUUCAUGCGUGGAUGAGUCCAGAAAGGGUUCAUACGUGGAUGAGUCUAGAAAGGGUUCAUGCGUGGAUGAGUCUAGAAAGGGUUCAUACAUGGAUGAGUCUAGAAAGGGUUCAUACGUGGAUGAGUCUAGAAAGGGUUCAUGCGUGGAUGAGUCUAGAAAGGGUUCAUACAUGGAUGAGUCUAGAAAGGGUUCAUACAUGGAUGAGUCUAGAAAGGGUUCAUGCGUGGAUGAGUCUAGAAAGGGUUCAUACAUGGAUGAGUCUAGAAAGGGUUCAUACAUAAGCAGGGGAAACCGCCUGAACGAAGACAACACAAAAAAAAAAUCCUAUGUGAUCAACACUGGUGAUUCGAUUGAAACAAGCAAAGGGAAAACAUUCCAUGUUAGUAUCUCAGACAACUGGAGUGAAAGCAACCGAAGGAAGCCAUCCCAUAUCGACAAGACUGACAAUUUGGGUGAAACCAGUUCGAAGACAAGGUUAUACAUGGACGCUUGGGGGAAGACGCGCACAAAGGACAAAAGUGUAUUUUAUAUUAACAGGUCAGGUGAUCUGAUGGAAAGCAGAUCUAGAAAGGGUUCACAAAUUAUGAGGAAAAGUGAUGUGAGUAAAAGAGAGGGAAGUGCAUCUAGCAUCAGUAGGUCAGAUGGUCUGAAGGAAAACGAUAAGAGGAAGAUGUCAGAUAUGAAUAAAACAAACUAUUCGAGCGAAAAUGACAAAAGUGUUUCGAUCGUUGGAGAGUUAAGCGAUUUAGAUGAAGGUAAGACAAAGAAGACUUCUUUUGUGGAUGAGGAAAACGACUCGCAUCUUAGCCGGUCUGGAGAUUUGAUGGUAAACGAUUCAGGUGAAUUAAAGGUGGGAGAUUCAAAUAAAUUAAAUGUUAGCCAAUCGGGCGAUAUCCCUCGAAAUGAUGAAGAGGAAAACGCCUGUAUGAAUAGGCGAGAGUACCCCUGUAAGAGAAGCCUAAUCGAAGAAUGUACAAAUGACACAACGAGGUUAAGUGUUAAUAGGCCAAAAAAUGCAGUCGAAAAGAAGGAAGUGCGUAUGUCAAUCAGUGGAGAGUCCAUCAGUUCACCUCGGAACGAAACAGGGCCCCCCUUUUAUCUGACCACUGGAGACCAUUUUAUUGAAAACUCUUUGAGGGAAUGGAGCCUGAACACAUCAAAGGAGAGUUCAUCUGUGACCAAGUCGGAUAAUUCAAGUGGAAAGGAUUCGAAAAAAUUAAUAGGAGAUGAGGCGAACAAGAUAAGAAAAAAUAGUUCAGGUCAGUCACAUGAAGACAAACCACCAAAGUCCUACCUUACCCCUGCUGAUAAUUCAAAAGGAGAAACAGCGAGGAGGAAAUCUUAUGUAAAAGGAAGAGAUAACUCGAAUGAAGAUACCUCAAAUGAGUUAUGCACAGAAGGAGAAGAAUCGUUGAGUAUUAUAAAUUUAAGUGGAAUAAGUAAUGACAAAUUAAACAAGGGGUUGUUCACCGAUAGGGCAACGCCUUCCAUUCACAGCGGAGGUAGGGAGACUUCCCACAUCAUUAACAGGAUAGGGGGAUCGAAUAGAAGCAGUGAAAGGGAAACCACCAACAUGGACAUUGUAGACAAUUCUGAGAAAAAUAACACAAACGAAUCAAUCGUUAGUAUAUCGGUAGGGUCUAACAAAAGCAACACAAAGGAAGCUUCAUUUAUUAACAGGUUAGAUAGUCAGAAUGAGGAUCCAUCGAGGAGUCAACCUAUUAUUGAUGUUGGCCAUUCGAAUGAAGGGAACGGAUGGAAGGAAUCGCUCACGGGGGGAUCAAAAAAGGGAUCCUAUGUGGAGAGGGAAGACCAGUCGAUGGAUGAAAGAAAAAGUAAAGCUUAUCCAAUUAGUAGCACAGAAAAUUGGAGUGAUCAAAACCGAAGGAAAGGCUCGCAUACUCACAAGGUAUACAACUCAAAUGAAAACGAAUUAAAGGAGGAAUGGAGCAUUAAGAAUUCAGAAGGUUUACUUAAAAAGGAUAAUAUGAAGGCAUCCUACAUACAUAGAUCAGGCGAUUACAAUGAAAAAAACCAAGGGGGAGCCAUUGACCUUGAGGAAUUAGAUGAUUCGAAGGAAGAAAGCAAAAACGAAUUGGACACAGAAGGUGCGAUGAAAUUUACAGUCAACGCUUCAGACCAUUUAGUAAAAAAAAAUGGAAGAAGGAAGUCGUCACAUGUGAAUAGGCCAAACGAUUCCAACGAAAUAAAAACGAGGAAAGACUCAUAUUUUGACAAAUCAAUUCAUUUUAGUGAAAAUGGAUCGAGGAGGAAUUCACAUGUGCUCAACUCAGAGACAGGUGACAUGGCGACCAAAACAACCGACACAAAUGGAAAUGACUCAAUCGAGGCAUGUAUUAACAGUGCAGCCGACACAAAUGGGAGAAGCUCUGAGGUUGUUUCUUAUGUUAGUGGGUUGGUCAAUGUGAGCGAAGACAACACAAGGAAGAGUUCAUUUAUUAACACAUUAAGCCCUUCGAAUGAGGAUAAUUCCAAUAAUUUCUCUAUUGGCAGGGUUGACGGUUUUAAUGAUGAAAGGGAAAGGGGAUCCAACAUGAGCAGGGUUAAUCAUUUAAAAGAAAUACACAAGAAUUCAUCCCUCACGGAAUUGAAUGGUGAAUUGGCUGAGAAGAGGGAAGAAGAAUUUCCCACCACUAGGUUAGGUGCUUCAGACGAAAUGAAGGAUACCGAUUUGCACUCAAAGGGGGUUGAUGAAUUAGUCGAGAAGAGCGAUCAUGAUCCUUGCAUGAACAAGGCAAGUGAUGUCGACAAAACAAAAGACACCACAUGGCAGGAGGAACUGGUCGACAAUUUGCGAGAAACUCAACGGAUGGGUGGAUCGAGGGCAAGCAGUGCAAUCAGUGAAAGUCAAAAGCCGAUUAAAAAAUUGAGGGAAUAUUUUGUGAGUGGAAAAAACGAUUCAGGGAUGUUGAAAGACAACACGAGUGAUGUAAGUGGAGGAUUACGAGAAAGGGGUACUAACGGAAAAGGAACGGACAAAAAAGGAACAGAAGAAAAAGACAACUCUCACCAUUUUAAAAACUUCCAAGGGAAAUAUAAAUUUCAAAUGAACAUGAAGGAGGAGGAAAUAGACGAGCUACAGAAAAAGUUAAAAAAUGAAUUUCAAAUGUUACACGAAAUGAGCAAAAAGAAAAGCAGUCUGAAGAAUAUUUUGGAAAAUUGUGUGCAUGUGAAGUGUGUGAAUGGUUCUAAAGAAGUGACUGACGAGGAGCAGUACGACCGAGUUGAUUUAAAGCACACCCUGAGUGGAAGUAGACAUGGAAAGGAACAUGCUGGAGGUGACGAAACGGGGAAAGUGCACGCCAAGGGGUCUUCGGCUGACAUUCAUGACGAAGCCGUAUUUGAAGAUACACGACCGGAGGAGGCAUUCGACAUGUCCAACUUUUCCACCGAGAUGAGUAACCGAGAAAUGAAGAAGUUGAGAAAAUGGAAGUCACUGAUGAUAUCGAAGGAACACAAAGACGAUUGGCUCUCAUCCGAUGUCCUCUUAUGGUGUUUCUUGAACUUUAUAAAAUUGAAGAAGAUCGUGAGUAUAACUGAGCUGUCGGUCAAGUUUCAAACGAAGCGGGAGAAUAUAAGAAGAAAACUCAAAGAACUCGAAGAACAUGACAUGAUCCAGGGGGUCAUGGACACGGAAGAAAACUAUAUCUACCUGUCCCAGGAGGAAGUGACAAAACUGUGUGUGGAGAUUUUGUCCAUUGAGAAAAUAAAAACUCACGAGGAUUUCGUAGAAAUAUGCAACAAGGUCAUAUCUCUCAGUAUCAACGAUCAGGAUGUGCAAAAAUUGAAAGAAGUGGAGGAAAAAAUUGUUGAAGCGAAUAAAAAAAGAUAUUCCGAUUUUGCCUGCACAACCUGA